GAGUACUCUCUAAACAGUAAAUACAUAAUGUUUUGCCAUAUUUAGCACCAAUUGAUCGCUAUUUCGAUGUUAUGAUUGAUUGUAAACAUUUGAUUGUAUUAUUUAUUUGUCGAUUAUUUACAUAAAAAGUAUCAACAAAUCGGUGAUCAAAAUGGAUAACAAUUGCAAUAAUAAUGAAGACAUUCAUUUUGAGUCACCAGAAGAGGAGAUGAUUUACUUAAGAAGAAGAGUUGAUGAAUAUCAGUCAGAGUUGGAAGAGUUUCAAGAAUCAAGUCGUGAGUUAGAAGCAGAACUUGAGGCACAACUGAUCCAAUCGGAGAAACGCAUCCAAGAGUUGACUCAACAAAAUACUAGACUUGAAUCGGAAAAUGAUUUAUUGAAAGCAAAGUUAAGUAAACUAUCGGUUGAAAGUCAGAACCAAAUACUUGAAUUACAGAAAGAUUUAGCAGAAAUCAGUUCCCAAAAUGAAAGACUUACAUCUUAUAUCAGAGAACUGGAACAGUCUAACGAUGACUUAGAAAGAGCUAAACGAGCACUCGAUGCCAGUCUUCAAGACUUUGAUGUUAGACUUAAUCAACAAAUAGAAAGAAAUGUUUUGCUUGAGAAUGAAAUCGGAGAGAAGGAAGAGCUUCAAGAAGUGAUUCAAAGACUUAAAGAUGAAGCGAGAGAUCUUAGACAAGAACUAAUGAUUCAACAAAAGGUUGACCACAAUAAUGACAAACGUGUCAAUAAAUUACCAAAUGAUAACACACUUAACAAUAUAAAUAAUAGCAAUAAUAUUAAUAAUAAUAUUAAUACCAUUAACAACAAUAAUAAUAAUAAGAUUAGAAGUAAUAGCGUGAAUGUAAGCAAUAGUGAGACUCAAACAAAUGGUACGCCAACUAAACAAACGCGACUUAAUUAUAUGAGCAGAAGUGCCUCCAAUCCGGGCACUCCUUCGGUUGCCUCUCAGUGUCAGUCCUCGCAAAUGCCAUUACUAUCGCCAUCGACUCGUAUAUCAGCACUCAAUAUAGUGAGUGAUUUGUUACGAAAAGUGGGUGCCUUGGAGUCAAAGUUGGCCUCUUGUCGUAAUAUUGUCACCACAAACACUGCUCUCACACGCAAUCUAUCAUUCAAUAACAACAGAUCAACCUCUUCAACACCUAUUAGUUCUCCAGUUAAAGAAACCAUAAGAGAUAUCAAUGCCAACAGUUAAUAUAUAGCAUAAACUUUCAUAAAAUCUAUUUUUAAUAUACAUUUUGACAUUCAUGACACUAUUUCUAUACAUUUGCAUUAAAUGAAUUCUCAACUUAAUAUAACUAAAAUG